CUUUAGUACUGUCUGUGAAAACAUUGAUCCAACUUGUAUGUUUAUUGGGUCUCAGUGUUAAAUUAUUUUAAAAAUGCAUUUAUUUUAUAAAUUCCUAUGACCAGAAUAAUUCAUGGAUUUUUUAUUUGAAAGAUGAUUCUUAUGUCAGGCAGUGGCACCCCUACUCUUGUGCUUACAUUAGAGCCCAAAGACAGUAUACUGCAGUACAAAAAAAUCGUACACCACUGAAAUAACUUUCCUUGCAUUACACCCUUGAGUAGAAAGAAUGUUUAACAAUGACUGGUUUAGUGAUGAUAAGUUCUGAUUUCUAGGGUUUAAAGAGUUCGUUUUAUAUUUAGAAACUAAACGUUGUACAGAGUUCAGUGAUGAUCCUAAAACUGCUUUACCUCGUUCAGUUUUCUGAAUUAGUCAUAGGUUUGCGGUCAGCUCCCAACAUCAUAUUUAUCAUGGCUGAUGAUCUGGGGUUCAAUGACGUAUCCUGGCACAACCCUGAUAUAUCUACACCAAACCUUCAUAAUCUAGGAAGGUCUGGUGUUAUCCUGGAGCAGAAUUAUGUUCAACCUAUCUGUACACCUAGCAGAGCAACACUACUCACCGGGCUGUACCCCAUUCAUACAGGACGUCAGCACCGUGUUCUGUUGAACGAGGAACCGCGAGGUUUAUUUACAAACUUAACACUUCUUCCACAAUAUCUCAAGGAAUUGGGAUAUUCGACACAUUUAGUUGGAAAAUGGCAUCUAGGGUUCUGUAAUGAAGACUAUUUACCGACAAGACGAGGGUUUGAUAGUUUUCUUGGAUAUUAUAACGGAGCAGAAGAUUACUAUAAACAUAAUCUACCUGCUCAGCUUAACCCACACUCUAUAGGAUAUGAUUUCAGGGAAGGAGAGAAGAUAGAUAAAAAAUACUCUGAUAAGUACUCCGCCCAUGUAUUCUCUGAAAGAGCAGAACAAAUAAUAAGGAAUCACAAUACUUCUGUUCCCCUGUUUCUCUAUCUUGCAGCUCAGAGUGUACAUGCACCUCUCCAGGUUCCCCAGGAGUAUGAGAUACCUUAUGCUCAUAUCAAGAACAGAGCUCGGCGUACAUUCUCCGGUAUGGUUUCAGCCUUGGACGAAGCUGUCGGAAAUAUAACAAAAGCAUUGGAGCAAACUGGACAAAUAAAAAAUACCAUCAUAGUUUUCUCCACGGACAAUGGAGGACAAAUAAAAAAUGGCGGAAAUAACUUUCCGUUGAGAGGAAACAAAAAUACACUCUGGGAGGGAGGAACCAGAGGGGUUGCUUUUAUUACAGGUCCCGGUGUUCCCGGAGGUAGAAUCAGUAAUCAGCUAUUCCAUAUAUCAGACUGGGUUCCUACCCUUUUAUCAGCAGCAGGAUAUGAUAUGGGGAACCUGGUUGGUUUGGACGGGUUGGAUCAGUGGAAAACAAUCAAGAAUGGAGAACAGUCCCCCAGAAUUGAAAUGCUUUACAAUAUUGAUCCAUACCAUGAUCCUGGGAGUGGAUCAGGUCCUGUUGGAGCAAUCAGGGUUGGAGAAUACAAGUUGAUUAAAGGAAACCCUGGGAAACCAGAUGGAUGGGUUCCACCAGACAGUGUAUCCAAUACAGAGUUGGUACACCUGGAAGAUAUCAACAAUAUCAACAUUUCAUCUGGGAAUCAACCCUUGAGCUGGUCAAGCGAGGAUGAAUUGGGAGGGGAGGAGUAUAAAGACAAAGAACUAUUUCUGUUCAAUCUUGAUUCAGAUCCAACAGAAAAGAUAAAUCUUAGAUAAAUGAGCCUUUGAUUGGACCAGGAUUCAGGGCUGUUGCACUUCUAAAUCCUGAUAUUUGGACCUUUAAUGUAAUCUGGGGUAACUUAAAUUUGAAAAUAUAUUCUGAACUAUGUGUACUACAUAAAUAAUUGAGCUUAUGAAAUGCAUAGCAACGUUGAGAAGAUAACAUUAUCAAACAAAGAGGAUUUUUUCACAUAAAAGAAGACAUCUUUUGUAAUGAUAACAAUAAUCUAAAUAUAUGAUAAUAGUAUUUA